UCUACGUUUUAAAGCACCUUUCUCGCGUUAAUCAUCAUCUAAAUAUCGGAUUGGAAUAGUGUGUGUUCAUAUCAAAUUUUAUGUGUUUGAUAGGGGAGUUAUUUUAUAAAAACUGUGACUAAAAAUAAACUGUUCCUCGAUAUACUCGUAGGGAAAUCUAGCAGCCGCUUUCCAUUCAUAAAACACAUUCAUUUGGUACUGAGCUGUGAAAGAAUUAAGGUCGGUCAGCACAUAAUUCCGUGAAUCGUUUUCGAGUUCGCGAGUUCUAAUCAAUAAUCGGGCCACCUGCUCGGCUACUUUUUGUGGCGUAAAGCAUCGAACAUCGGAAAUGGCGACGGAGGGCGGAUUGGCGCCAGCCGGCGACGGCGAGUUGCCCGUGGGCGGGCCAAAGACGCCUCAACAGAUCGCUGCCCAGCGUCGCCUCCAGCAGACGCAGGCUCAAGUUGACGAGGUAGUCGACAUCAUGAAAACAAACGUAGAAAAAGUGUUGGAGCGAGAUCAGAAACUCUCAGAACUGGAUGACAGAGCAGAUGCGCUGCAGCAAGGAGCUUCGCAGUUUGAGCAGCAGGCUGGCAAACUGAAAAGCAAAUUUUGGUUGCAAAAUUUAAAGAUGAUGAUCAUUGCGGCUGUAAUUGGAAUCAUCAUUUUGGCUCUAAUCAUUGGUCUGUAAACAUAUAUAUUUGGAGGAACAGGCCAAGGUUUCUAAUUUGGAUAGAAUGCCUCUGCAUGGAAAGAACAACAACCCGUUAUAAUGAACUCUAUAUCAACUAUCAGUAGUAAUUAGUGUUGUUAAAAUAUCCUCAAACAAAUAUCAAAUUAAUAAAUGUAUUUACUUACCGUAUUUUAUGUCAGGUGUCUAAAAAUCACUGCGUAUCCAAAUUUUUGUGUACAAUAUUAAAUUUACAUUUUUUUAAUAGAAAUUAUAUUGAAAAUAUUGUACCGUAUUUUUAGAUAAUACAUCUUUGUUAUAUACAUAUUUUAAUCUUAACUGUUUGCUACCAAUCAGGUGCGUUCAAAAUCUUUCUAUGACUAAAGGCUAAAGUUACUUUCAUACAAAUGAAUAAUUUCGUUCAAUUUGGACCAAGUUUCUUAAAUUUAUUGUUACUAGACGCAUUUAUUUUUAUAUCUACUUCAUACAAUUUUAAUUCUGAUCCCUGUAUUUGUUGAUAUUUGAUAAACGGAAUAUACGCAUGUGUUUAUGUAAUCUAUGCUUAUAAAACCACUUUAAUAGAUGUUGAUUAUGAAUAAGUAUAUAUAUAGAUAUUUAGAUAUAAUAACAUAUUAUAAUAAACGAUCCAUUUAGUAUCGUGCCUAAUGUAAAUUGAGUUUGUAAGGCAACAUUGUUUGAAUAAGAUUGUUUUAUCUGCAAUCUGAAUAGGGAUUGUAAAUCCUAAUUUGAAUAUUUAGGUACUUGAAAACGGAUGUGCUUGAAAUUGCUUAUUAUUAAUAAUAAUUAUGUUGUUUCAUACAUUUUAUUUUUAUUUAAUGUGUAAAUAUUACUAGGUUUUGAUAUAUAGAGAAUAAGGGAAAUGUAUUCAACAACUGAGUCGAUCAUUAUCCUUAUACUUAGUAUAUAAAUCCGAUGUUUAUUUUAUAUUUCACACAGACCAUCCUCGUUAAGUUAUCUAAAAUAAUACAUAGGUGUUUUAUAUGACUUCAGUUUUUGAAACUAUUUCUCUUAUCUGUAUAUUGGUAGACAUACCUUUAAUACAGUAUGUACCUACUAAUAACCAAAAUAUACUAAAAUUUUAGAUAAUGAAAACAACUGCAACCUAUUAAGUUAAAUUAUUAUAUAUAAAUUAAAUAAAUAAAUUUAAAUAAGCAUUUUUGUUGCGGAAUGGCAUUUGUCGACUAGAUCAAAUCUUUCGAUGGAAUAAGUGGGUCUUACAAAAUUAUUUGUAUGUUUAACGCUUUUUUUAAGUUAUCCCAUUACGUAAGUAGGUUAAUCAUUAUGAAUAUUCAACUAUAUUACUUCUAUUUGAAACGUAUUCAAAUCGUUGAAUCUUAAAAUAUCUGGCAAACAAUAAUUAACCUAUGUAUCAUAUAGGUUACGUAAUGACGAAUAAUUUAUUUGUAAA